AUGGAGCGGGCCUCAGGGGUACGCAGAAGGGGCCCGUGUGGAUCGCCUCUGCCCUGGGCGCUUCAACUGGGCCUGCUGAUGAGCGGGCUGGUUUGCGCCCUGGCCCAGGCCCCGGAUAUGCCAAGCUGCUCGCGGGGAAGCUGCUACCCAGCUACCGGGGACCUGCUGGUGGGCCGAGCGGAUAGACUGACUGCCUCAUCCACCUGCGGCCUGCGCAGCCCCCAGCCCUACUGCAUCGUCAGUCAUCUGCAGGAUGAGAAGAAGUGCUUCCUGUGUGACUCCCGGCGCCCCUUCUCUGCCAGAGACAACCCAAAUAGCCACCGCAUACAAAAUGUUGUCACCAGCUUUGCACCACAGCGCCGGACAGCCUGGUGGCAGUCAGAAAAUGGUGUUCCGAUGGUCACCAUCCAGCUGGACCUGGAGGCUGAGUUCCAUUUCACACACCUCAUUAUGACCUUUAAGACUUUUCGCCCUGCUGCCAUGCUGGUGGAACGCUCUGCUGACUUUGGCCGCACCUGGCAUGUAUAUCGAUACUUCUCCUAUGAUUGUGGGGCUGACUUCCCAGGGGUUCCACUGGCCCCUCCGAGACACUGGGAUGAUGUAGUCUGUGAGUCCCGCUACUCCGAGAUCGAGCCAUCCACUGAAGGCGAGGUCAUUUAUCGUGUGCUAGAUCCUGCCAUCCCCAUCCCAGACCCCUACAGCCCACGGAUCCAGAACCUGCUGAAGAUUACCAACUUAAGGGUGAACCUGACUCGCCUGCACACACUUGGAGACAACUUGCUUGACCCCCGGCGGGAAAUCCGAGAGAAGUACUAUUAUGCGCUCUAUGAGCUGGUUGUGCGUGGCAACUGCUUCUGCUAUGGACAUGCCUCACAGUGCGCACCAGCCCCAGGGGCACCAGCCCAUGCUGAGGGCAUGGUACAUGGGGCCUGUGUCUGUAAACAUAACACUCGUGGCCUCAACUGUGAGCAGUGUCAGGAUUUCUAUCAUGACCUGCCAUGGCGUCCAGCUGAGGAUGGCCACAGUCAUGCCUGCAAAAAAUGCGAAUGCCAUGGGCAUUCCCACAGCUGCCACUUUGACAUGGCCAUGUACCUGGCAUCUGGCAAUGUGAGUGGAGGUGUGUGUGAUGCAUGUCAGCACAACACAGUUGGACACCACUGUGAACUCUGCCGGCCUUUCUUCUACCGAGACCCAACCAAGGACCUCCGGGACCCAGCUGUGUGCCGCUCCUGUGAUUGUGACCCCAUGGGUACCCAAGAUGGUGGUCGCUGUGAUUCCCAUGAUGACCCUGCAUUGGGGCUAGUCGCAGGCCAGUGUCGCUGCAAAGAACAUGUGGUGGGCACUCGCUGCCAGCAGUGCCGGGAUGGCUUCUUUGGUCUCAGUGCCAGUGAUCCUCGAGGCUGCCGGCGGUGUCAGUGUGAUGGUCGGGGCACAGUAUCUGGAAGCACCCCCUGUGACCCCAGCAGUGGGACCUGUUUCUGCAAGCGUCUUGUUACUGGACGUGGCUGUGACCGCUGCCUGCCUGGUCACUGGGGUCUGAGCCAUGACCUGCUCGGCUGCCGCCCGUGUGACUGCGAUGUAGGUGGUGCCUUGGAUCCCCAAUGUGAUGCAACCACAGGUCAGUGCCGCUGUCGCCAACACAUGGUUGGAAGACGCUGUGAGCAGGUGCAGCCAGGCUACUUCCGGCCCUUCCUGGACCACCUGACUUGGGAGGCAGAAGACUCCAGAGGACAGGCACUGGAAGUGGUGGAACGCAUGGUGACUACAGGGAGCACACCGUCUUGGACAGGGCGAGGCUUCGUAAGGCUCCGGGAGAGCCAGGUGCUUGAGUUUCUGGUGACCUCUGUGCCACGGGCCAUGGACUAUGAUCUACUGGUGCGAUUGGAGCCCCAGGUCCCUGAACAGUGGACAGAGAUGGUAUUGACAGUGCAGCGCCCAGGGCCUGUGUCUGCUCACAGCCCCUGUGGGCAUGUGCUACCUGAAGAUGACCGCAUUCGAGGAACUCUCCGACCAGGCACCAGGUCCAUUGUACUUCCCAGUCCCAUCUGCCUCGAGCCUGGCAUCUCUUACACAUUGCGUCUAGAGCUGGUGCAAGGAAGGGGAGGUGCCCACUCUGGACCUGGCCUGCUCAUUGACUCGCUGGUGCUGCUGCCCCGGGUCCUGGUACUGGAGAUGUUUAGUGGAGGUGAUGCGGCAGCCUUGGAACGCCGUGCCACCUUUGAACACUACCGCUGCCAUGAGGAGGGGCUAGCACCUAGCAAGACCCCACCCUCCGAGACCUGUGCCCCUCUCCUCAUCAGCGCAUCUGUUCUGCUUUACAACGGUGCCCUUCCCUGUCAGUGUGACCCCCAGGGCUCACUGAGCUCUGAGUGCAACCCCCACGGGGGUCAGUGCCUAUGCAAACCUGGAGUUGCUGGGCGCCGCUGUGAUCGCUGCGCCCCUGGCUACUAUGGCUUUGGUCCCAUGGGCUGUCGAGCCUGCCAGUGCAGCCCUGAAGGGGCGCUCAGUGGCCUUUGUGAAGGGGCCAGUGGGCAAUGCCCAUGCCGAACUGGUGCCUUUGGGCUUCGCUGUGACCACUGCCGGCGUGGCCAGUGGGGUUUCCCUGCCUGUCGGCCAUGUGUCUGCAACGGGCGUGCAGACGACUGUGACCCCCACACAGGCGCUUGCCUGGGCUGCCGUGAUCACACGGGGGGUGAGCACUGUGAAAGGUGUAUUGCCGGCUUCUAUGGGGACCCACGGCUGCCACAUGGAGGUCAGUGUCGGCCCUGCCCCUGUCCUGAAGGCCCUGGGAGCCGGCGGCACUUUGCGACUUCUUGCCACCGAGAUGGAUACUCCCAGCAGGUUGUGUGCCGCUGCCAGGCAGGCUACACAGGGCUGCGCUGUGAUGCUUGUGCUCCUGGGCACUUUGGGGACCCAUCUAGGCCAGGAGGCCAAUGCCAGCCGUGUGAGUGCAGUGGGAACAUUGACCCCGUGGACCCUGACGCCUGUGACCCCCGCACGGGGCAAUGCCUGCGCUGCCUACACAACACAGAGGGACCACAGUGUGCCCACUGCAAGCCUGGCUUCCAUGGGCAGGCUCCCCGACAGAGCUGUCACCGCUGUACCUGCAACCAGUUGGGGACAGAUCCCCAGCAGUGCCCAUCUACCAGCUGGUGCCAUUGUGACCCAAGCAGUGGGCAGUGCCCGUGCCUCCCCAACGUUCAGGGCCUGAGCUGUGACCGCUGUGCCCCCAACUUCUGGAACCUCACCAGUGGACGUGGCUGCCAGCCUUGUGCCUGUCAUCCAAGCCGGGCCACAGGUCCCACAUGUAAUGAGUUCACAGGGCAGUGCCACUGCCGUGCUGGCUUUGGGGGGAGGACCUGCUCCGAGUGCCAGGAGCUCCACUGGGGAGACCCUGCCUUGCAGUGCCGAGCCUGUGAUUGCAACCCUCAUGGAAUAGAUUCGCCUCAAUGUCACCGAUCCACAGGCCACUGCAGUUGCCGCCCGGGUGUAUCUGGUGUGCGUUGUGACCAGUGUGCCCGUGGCUUCUCAGGUGUCUUUCCUGCUUGCCACCCCUGCCAUGCUUGUUUUGGGGACUGGGACCGUGUGGUGCAGGACUUGGCUACCCGUACUCGGCACCUGGCGCAGCGGGUGCAGGAGUUGCAACAGACAGGUGUGCUGGGAGCCUUUGAGAGCAAUUUCUUGAGCAUACAGGAGAAGCUGGACACUGUACAGGGCAUCGUGAGUGCCCGGAACACUUCCGCUGUCUCCACUGCACAGCUUGUGGAGGCCACAGAGGAGUUGAGGCAUGAGAUUGGGGAAGCCACUGAGCACCUGACUCAACUAGAGGCAAAGCUGACUGAUGUACAGGAUGGGAACUUCAAUGCCAAUCAUGCACUAAGUGGGCUGGAGCGGGAUGGACUUGCACUUAACCUCACACUACGCCAGCUUGGCCAGCAUCUGGAUCUGCUCAAGCAUUCUAACUUCCUGGGUGCCUAUGACAGCAUACGUCAUGCUCACAGGCAAUCUACAGAGGCAGAACGUCGUGCCAACACCUCAACUCUGGCAGUUCCCAGCCUUGUGAGUGACUCAGCUGCCACCCGGCACCGGACAACAGUGCUGAUGGAUGGCCAGAAGGCAAACUUCAAUCACAUACAUGCAGCCAACCAGCAGGCACUGGCCAAUCUCACUGCCCGUACCAACACCCUGAGCCUGACAGGCAUAAAUGAGCUGGUAUGUGGGGCCCCUGGGGAUGCACCCUGCUCUACAAGCCCCUGUGGGGGUGCUGGCUGUCGUGAUGAGGAUGGACAGCCCCGCUGUGGGGGCCUCAACUGCAAUGGUGCAGCAGCCGUGGCAGACCUGGCACUGGGCCGGGCCAGACAUACCCAGGCAGAGCUGCAGCGGGCCCUGUCAGAAAGUGGUGGCAUCCUGAGCCAGGUGGCUGAGACCCGUCGGCGGGCUGGCGAGGCACAACAGCGGGCCCAGGUGGUCCGAGACAAAGCUAAUGCUACCAGAGGACAGGUGGAACAGGCCAACCAAGAGUUGCGGGAACUCAUUCAGAGCGUGAAGGACUUCCUUAGCCAGGAGGGGGCUGAUCCUGAUAGCAUUGAAAUGGUGGCUACACGGGUGCUUGAGCUCUCCAUCCCAGCCUCACCUGAGCAGAUACAGAACCUGGCAGCUGAAAUUGCAGAGCGAGUCCGAAGCCUAGCUGAUGUGGAUACAAUUCUGGCACAUACUGUGGGAGAUGUGCGGCGGGCCGAGCAGCUACUACAGGAUGCACGCCGGGCACGGACCAGGGCUGAAGUUGAGAAACAGAAGGCAGAGACAGUGCAGGCGGCACUUGACGAGGCCCGGAGGGCACAGAGUGCUGCCCAAGGGGCCAUCCGGGGAGCAACAGUUGACACACGUGACACAGAAGAGACCCUACGACAGGUUCAGGAAAGGAUAGCAGGUACAGAGCAGGCACUGGGCUCUGCAGGUGAUCGGGUUCGGCAACUGGAUACUUUCCUGGAGGCUCUCAAACUGAAACGGGCAGGUAAUAGCCUUGCAGCCUCUCAAGCUGAGGAAACGGCAGGCAGUGCCCAGACUCGAGCCCAAGAGGCUGAGCAGUUGCUACAGGGCCCACUGGGUGACCAGUACCAGAGGGUGAAGUCACUGGCUGAGCUCAAGGCCCAGGGUGUGCUAGGUGCGCAGGCACGGGCAGAGCAACUGAGGGAUGAGGCUCGGAGUCUCUUGCAGGCUGCGCAGGACAAACUGCAGCGGCUGCAGGAGCUAGAGGGCACCUAUGAGGAGAAUGAGCGAGCUCUGGAAGGCAAGGCAGCCCAGCUGGACGGGCUGGAGGCCAGGAUGCGCAGCGUGCUUCAAGCCAUCAAUCUGCAGGUCCAGAUCUACAACACCUGUCAGUGA